CUUCGGCUCAGGAAGAAGAUGAAAGAUAGUGCUUCUGAAGAACAUUUAUAUUUGGGUUUUUCUCAUCAGUACAGAGAUAGUAUCUUUCCUCUUCAUACAUCUAUUGCACUGUUUUUGCUAUCCUACUGUGACUGCAAAUUAUUCAAAGUUUUCUUAGUGCCGACUGGUGAAAAUGUGGAUGAUCAGUUUGUGACAAAAAACCUCCUUGGCGAUCUUGAGAUCCAUUUAAUCUCCAGGUGUCAGCUUCCAGGGGUUGUGCAGAGCUGCUGUUUACCUGCUGUUGUCGUGAAGGAUGGCAAGUUCUGCCGAGCUGGGCUUUCUGUUGUCUUAAGGCAUAUAAUACAGAAAACAUAUGAGGCAGAUCCAUCUAAAAAGGAUGUUUUGGAACUCCUAGGCUUUAAGAAGACCUGCUUAAAAGCCUGUGCUGAAGUUAGCCAGUGGACCAAGCUUUGUGAGAUCAGCAUACCUCUGGCUGUUGAAGGAUUUUUGACGGCAUCUCCUGAGCACUGUCAAACUAUUCCUCCUGACAUUUUACAAUUUGAAAGGAAGCUUGGAGAACCUGUCCGAGUGCAUAAUGAUGACAAAAUUCGAAGGCAAAAACUUCAACAACAAAAGGCAGAUGCCAAGGCUGCAGUGCCUGUACUUGGUAAAGAAGCAGCAGUGGAAGGAAAACCAGAGGAAAUGCAUGAACAUCCAGUCCCAAGUUUGGAACUGAGCAUAGCUUUCUCCAAGCUACUUGCCCAGGAAGUAUCAGAUGCUGCCAACAGGGAGGCCCCUCACAUCAGGAGAACAAAAACCUCUGACCUUCCGCUUUUGGACCAUGUUUUUGCAGAAGGGCUUUAUUUUACCUUGGCAGAUAUAGUGCUUUUGCCAUGCAUCCAUCAGUUCUUGGUAAGGUGACAAGUUUCCAGCAAAAAACAAGGCAAAAAUCUGGUAAAUUUGCCUCUGAUAUCCAGUUGGUAUCGAAGAGUUCAAGAAGUACCUGGAGUAAAGAAAGCUGCUGGCAAAUGCAACAUGGACCUUCUCCAGCUUCCAGAGUUAAUGUCUGCUCCAGUGGAACAGCUGCAAGACUUCUCUUCAAUUCCUGAUGAAUUAGAAGAGGAGAACGAAGACAGUCAUUUUAUAGGUGGUCCGAGGCCAACUAUAACUAAGUUAAUGGAAAAUGGUAUUGAAGCAAAGUUUUCUCCUCAUCCAUGCCCCAACUGGACCCUAGACUGGACCAAUCUACCAUCUGCAGUCAAUCCUGGAGAAG